CCUUGGCAUUCUCAUUCAAGUAGCUGCUUCACAUACCAGAAAUUAACUAAGAGAAGGAUAUUUAAAGAGAGGAAAAAGUAUAAAGAAAAUGGCAAGUUUUAUUGGUGUGGCUUUUGGGUUUGUAGUGGUGGUUUUGUUGCAAUGUGCGGCGGCACAGACGGUGCAUGUGGUGGGGGAUAACUCAGGUUGGACUAUUCUUCAAGGUGGUGCUCAAGCUUACACAGAAUGGGCUAAUGGCAAGAAUUUCGUAAUUGGAGAUAUCCUAACAUUCAACUUCGAAACCAACAAGCACGAUGUACUCCGAGUCCAGAAGACAUCCUUCGAUGCAUGCUCUUCUUCAAAUCCUAUCGGAGACGUAAUCACCACCGGCCCUGUCAACUUCACCCUGGACUCUGCUGGCGACCACUACUACAUCUGUACAUUUUCUCAGCAUUGUCAGCUAGGCCAGAAACUAGCCAUCACUGUCUCAUCAUCAGGAGGCACGCCAGGAGCCUCACCACCGCCCUCCACUACCCCAGGACUUUCCCCACCACCAACUAGUCCUUCACCCACAAACACCCCCGCCAUUUGCCCACCAGAUGCCCCAGCAGGUGCCCCCACAAGCCCUUCAACUCCCGGGGCAAUGGGCCCCAACACCCCUCCUCCUCCAUCAGGAUCUUCAUCUUCUAAGUUCUUGGCUGGUAUUUCGGUUUCCACGUUGGCUCUUAUCAUGGGCUUCCUGUUCUAGGGAUACUGCUAAGAUUGAUGGAUGAUAUGUAUUUUUCUUUGAAUUUAUUUUUUUUUUUUGAACUACUUGGAUAAUUUAUUAUAUUGUCAUAUAAUAAAGUUUUGAAUAAUUGACAAAGAUCAUUUUGGUCUUAUUGAUCUGUAGUGUUAUAGUUUUUUUUUUAACCCAAAUUCAGAUAGGCCAUUUCCAGUGUAUUUAUGUAUUGUUCUUUAAGGCUUGCAGCAGAGUAAAAUCAGAGGAUUGUUAAUUAUAUAU